CCCGUUUUUCGUACAAAUUUCGGGAUCCCGGUCAAGAUGCCGAGCGCCUCCUUCACCUCAUCGCGUAGCUACGUACGCAGAUCCCGAAGGAAAGGUGCAAAUAGGAUUCCGCUACCCUCUAGAACAACAUCGGCAGAACCAUGCGAGCUACCGUGUCCAGCUUCAAAUCAGAUUCCACCAGGAGGUGGAGGUGUUGGUGGCGGCAGGGGGUCAUCCCCAAGUGUGUCAGGGAUAGCUGCUCCUUCUCCCUCUCAUUCACAUUCGUCUCCCUAUGAUCUUCGACGCAAAAGUCCCCCUCAUCCAGAUCCAGCGCCUGGCACAAGUUCAGCGUUGCCACCUCCUGGAGGCAGCAGUAUUGCUGCCGCUCUUGGCUCUUCUUCCUUACCAGCUAGAAAAAGACCAAGGCGAUCAUGCUCGCUUUCAACAGAUGGUACAAACACUAACACAGCAGCGCACUACCUUCAAUAUGAAUUACCAGAUGAAGUGCUGCUGACGAUAUUCAACUAUUUAAUGGAACAAGAUUUGUGUCGUGUUUCGCAAGUUUGUAAACGUUUUCAAGCAAUUGCUAAUGACACAGAACUAUGGAAGUCUUUGUAUCAGCAAGUUUACGAGUAUGAUUUACCGCUGUUUAAUCCAGCACCAUGCAAAUUCGAAUUUGUAUCGCCAGAUGAAUCUGACUAUUCUAACCCAUGGAAAGAAAGUUUCCGACAGUUAUACAGAGGAGUACACGUCAGGCCUGGUUUCCAGGAUUUAAAAUUCAAGGGCAGAAACUUGCCUUAUUUUAAUACAGUGCAAGGAGCUUUAGACUUUGUAGAAGAAUAUAGAAGCAGUAGUGGGUCCUCACCAAAUACUAAUACAAGUACAAAUGUACAAGGCAAUUGUUGUGGCAAUAAUUCUCAAGGCACAGAGGAAACACCUCAACAUUUAGUAUUUUUACAUGCCGGGACAUAUCGUGGUGAAUUUCUCGUUAUUGACUGCGAUGUUGCCCUGAUAGGUGCCGCUCCAGGCAAUGUUGCAGAAUCUGUUAUCUUAGAAAGAGAAAGCGAGUCGACAGUAAUGUUCGUUGAAGGAGCUAAGCGGGCGUACGCGGGUCAUCUUACUCUCAAGUUCACACCCGAUGUAACCAGUACUGUCCCACAUCAUAAGCAUUAUUGUCUAGAAGUCGGCGAAAAUUGUAGUCCUACCGUUGACCAUUGCAUUAUCAGGAGUUCAAGUGUUGUUGGAGCUGCUGUCUGUGUAUCUGGCGUCGGUGCAAAUCCUGUGGUUAAAAACUGUGACAUUUCCGACUGUGAAAAUGUUGGACUGUAUGUAACAGACUAUGCUCAGGGCACAUACGAGGACAAUGAGAUAUCUCGCAAUGCGCUUGCCGGAAUAUGGGUGAAAAAUUAUGCAAACCCAAUUAUGCGAAGAAACCAUAUUCACCAUGGCAGAGACGUGGGAAUAUUUACCUUCGAUAAUGGUUUAGGGUACUUUGAAGCUAACGAUAUUCACAACAAUAGAAUUGCUGGUUUUGAAGUAAAGGCUGGCGCAAAUCCAACUGUUGUUCAUUGUGAGAUACAUCACGGACAGACUGGCGGCAUUUACGUGCACGAAAACGGAUUAGGACAGUUUAUUGAUAACAAAAUUCACUCAAAUAAUUUUGCUGGAGUUUGGAUAACCUCUAAUUCCAAUCCAACAAUUCGUAGAAAUGAAAUAUAUAAUGGGCAUCAAGGUGGUGUGUAUAUAUUUGGGGAGGGACGUGGACUCAUAGAACAUAACAAUAUUUAUGGUAAUGCUUUGGCUGGUAUACAAAUCCGAACGAAUUCGGACCCAAUUGUUAGACAUAAUAAAAUACACCAUGGACAGCAUGGUGGAAUAUAUGUCCAUGAGAAAGGUCAAGGUUUGAUAGAAGAAAAUGAAGUUUAUGCCAAUACCCUAGCUGGAGUUUGGAUAACCACGGGAUCGACUCCAGUUUUGCGAAGGAAUCGAAUUCACAGUGGAAAGCAGGUUGGAGUUUAUUUCUAUGACAACGGUCAUGGGAAGCUAGAAGAUAAUGACAUCUUCAAUCAUCUUUACUCCGGAGUGCAGAUAAGGACUGGGAGCAACCCCGUAAUUAGAGGAAAUAAAAUAUGGGGUGGGCAGAAUGGUGGAGUGCUUGUUUACAACAGCGGUCUAGGUCUUUUAGAACAGAAUGAGAUAUUUGAUAAUGCUAUGGCAGGCGUGUGGAUAAAAACCGACAGUAACCCAACGUUGAAAAGAAAUAAAAUUUUUGACGGAAGAGACGGAGGAAUUUGUAUAUUCAAUGGUGGCAAAGGUGUGCUUGAAGAAAAUGACAUAUUCAGAAAUGCACAAGCGGGAGUGCUAAUCUCCACCCAAUCACAUCCAGUCCUUAGGAGAAAUCGUAUUUUUGAUGGGUUAGCUGCUGGUGUUGAAAUAACUAACAAUGCUACUGCCACUUUGGAAUUCAAUCAGAUCUUUAAUAAUCGAUUUGGAGGACUCUGUUUGGCUAGUGGCGUCCAACCGACAACAAGAGGUAACAAAAUAUUUAACAAUCAAGAUGCGGUGGAGAAAGCUGUGGGAAAUGGACAAUGUCUUUAUAAAAUCUCUUCUUACACAUCCUUCCCAAUGCAUGACUUUUAUCGUUGUCAAACGUGCAAUACAACAGAUCGAAAUGCGAUCUGUGUGAACUGUAUAAAAACCUGUCAUGCUGGGCACGACGUAGAAUUUAUUCGUCACGAUAGAUUUUUCUGUGACUGUGGGGCUGGAACUUUGAGUAACCAGUGUCAGCUGCAGGGUGAACCAACACAGGAUACAGAUACUCUGUAUGAUAGUGCAGCACCGAUGGAAUCCCAUACACUAAUGGUCAACUAGAAAUAACUAAAUGAAAAUUACAGACUCCAAAUUCGUAAGUUGACCCGUUGAAGUUGAUGGUUAAUGACCAUAUUAAUAAUAAUAAUAACAAUAAUAAUAAUAAGAGUAAUAAUAAUAAAUAAUAAUAAUCGUCAUAAUAAUAACAGCAACAACCUUAAUAAUAUCUAAUCAUAAUAAUAACAAUAACAAUAAUAAUAAUAAUAAUAACAGCAGUAAUAGGAAUCGUAAUCUGUUGUUGAGUUCUUUAUUAUCAUUAUUAUUUGAAUUUCUCGUAGAACUAUUGCAAAGGCUGCAAAACGUAAUCUUUCACACACGAUAUUUUCUUAUAUUUCCUCCCUGUUUUAAUGAUCUCUGCGUCAUUGUGCAAGUUUUACAUUAUUUUUACGUUAUUAUUUACAAGCGGAUGUACAAUGUUGAUUAGCUUUAUUAAACUUUUUGAUUAUUGUAGUAUUGUAUUGUUUCAACUGCAAGUUUACCAUAUAUGAUAAAAUCGCUUUAUAAACUUUCUUGAAAUUUGUUUGGAAGCAAAUGAAUACCCUGACUUGGCCUUCAUGACAAUUGAUAGAUAAUUUUUUGUAAUACGUUUUUGUUAAAUAUUUCGGUCACUCGUUUUUAAAAGACCUGGUGACAAGUUACUCAAAUGAAUACAAAUCACCCUUAGUCUCUGUUCACUCUAGUUAGUUCCAUUACCCGAGAUCGUUAUAUGACAAUAGUAAAACUUGCAGUUGCAAAAAUACAUCAGAAACUUCAAAUUUUUGAGUAUUCAUCACUGAAUAUAAUCUUAUGCAAUUUGGAAUAGAAUAAUGAACGUAUAAAGAACUCCACAUUCAGUAUUUUUUAUCCAUAAAACGAUUGCACAAGAAGAAAUGUUUUGUUAAAAACGCAGAACUGAAAUACAAGGCAGCCUAAGGUAGCUAAUCUUAAUAAAUACACGGUAAAAGAAAGCAAAAAGGAAAAGUAAAUAAACACAUAAAAAAAUUAUUUACAUAACAAUUAAAUGUAUCAUAAUUAAGCACUUUCUUAAUAAUUGUAAUUUAUAUUUCUUAAUUUUUAAAGAAAACGAGUGAGAGAACGAUAUCUGUAUACGAAGAAUGUGUAUGGAUUAAACAGUGAACGGCACUUGGUCGAAUGAACAUUCCCAACUGGUUGCUGUUUGUUGUGUUUUCGUAAACAUAAACUGGCUUGAACGAUUUAUCGAAAGUGACUUAAUUGAGGGUAAUGUAAUUGCCAAGAAAUUAUGUGCGGAAAAAUAAAAAUUCUAGGAUAUGUUAAGCUGUGUACAUACUCAACCGACAGGCGUCGAAUUCAUUGAGAAAUAUUUAAAACAAUUGUAAAGUUCUCUAUGCAUAUGAAACGGGCUUGACGAUAAUUAAAAAAUCGAAUGGAGCAAAGUAUUUUGUCUCCAAAUAUCAGAAAUUUGUUGUAUUAAAAUUUCUGCAAAUUAUAAGUUGUAUCAAGAAGCUGUUCUAAGUUUUUUUUUUUUUAAAAAGCAUACAAAACAGUUUUAUGCUUGUAACAAUCAAACACCGACGAUCCCAUGAACAUGCGAUAAUGCACGAAACUAAUGGAUUAUUUAUUCGUCCAUAUCUUCAUGGAAGUGCGCCAUUUAUGACGCUCAAAAAUGGUGGAAACUGUAACUCAAACAAGUGAAAUGAAUAAUCAACCAACAACCAAACAAGAAUAAAUCGAUUCAGAGUUUUUUUGUUCUAUAAAACAUCUAAGAUACAAAAAGUAACAGUAUGCCUACACACAAAUGAUAAAUAUUCACUUGUGCUAAUAAAAUUGUUUAAAGCAGCUAAAAAAAGCAGAGUGCAUAAUAGAAAAAUAAGAUUAAAAACAUAUUUAAACUAUUUAACAAUUUUAACAAAAUAAAUAUUGGUGUCCACCAGUGAAAAUAAGAACAGCAAUUUAUUAAAUAUAAACUGUCGAUGGAACAGUGAAUCUCGAGUUUUUAAGAGUAAUUACUUUUGAUUAUUACAUUAUGAUUUUUAUUUUUAUUAUGAUUUUUAUUAUUAUUAUUAUUAUUAUUAUUAUUAUUAUUAUUAUUUUUAUUAUUGUUAUUUUAACAGUGAUGUUUAAUCGUAAUUCUCUUGUGGAAGAAGUACGAACCCUGUUAUACGAACAAGCGUCUGUUUAGCCAUAAUUCCCCUUCCUUCAUAUAUCGAUCCUCAUGCCCCUUUCCUUUCCUACAACCUAUUUCGAAUUCGCGAAUCUGGAUUCUAUACAUAAAGGUGAAAAAAAGUAUCAAUAAGUAGAUAAUAAAAAUGAGUAACGUGGAAUUUCGUUUAAACUGGAUAACAAAGUUCUGCGGUAUAUCAAUUAUUAUACAUAUAUGUAGCACUUUUGUAUUUCACUUGAAAUGAAGUGGUAGGUAGAAGCUGCCUUUGGCAUUAAUAUAUUCGUUGACUUUUAAAUUAAUUUUUAUUAGCAUAUGUAGGUUGCAAUUGAUGCAAAUAUAUUAAUUUCGAGGGACUAUUAAUUUGAGAAAAUGUAUUUUAAAGGCAAAUGCCAAAGGCAAUUUUUACGAUCGGUUACAAAUAAUAUUAUCCAUAUGAGGAAAUAAAAGAAAAGAAGAAAAAAAAAUGCUGAAAAAUAUUAUGUUCUUGAGUGACGAUGCUGUAUACUGGUAUGUUGUUUCGUUUUAACAUUAUAAGAUGAAUUUGUUUAAAGCUUGGAGUAAGGAAACUAUACGAAUCAAGAAAUAAUUUGUGUUAGCGUUGUUUUUCUAUACUAUUGCUAUGUAUUGACUCGUCAAACUUACAUAGAAAAUUUGUUCUUAUAUACCCUCCGUAUUUCAUAGUCUUGGUUAUUAAUUUGAUAAUUUGUUGAAUGUUGAAUCCUUGUUAACUUUUAUUCGCCAUGAUAUAAUUCAAGGCAGGCGGAUGUCAGGAUAAUCUCUCAGUUGAGAGAGAACGAAUAAUUUUUCAGCCUCAGUUGCCCAUACUCCAUAGCUUCAAGCGUGAUAAGUGAUAAGUGAUAAUUACUAUUAACAUUGUUUUGUGCCGCAGCCAAAUAGCCAUAAUCUUGUAUAGCCGUAGCGAUCAAUAGUUUCCUGUAUGUCUCUUUAUGAUUUCUUCCAUCACCUUCCAUUAUUACAAUAAUUGCUUAGUGAAGAUAUGUAGCCUCUUCAUGUCCAGCCAUUCUAAUUUGAAGUGAAAAGUUUAAUUGUUAUAUCAUGAUUCUAUCCCAUUAAUCACUCCAGACAUAUACAUAGUUUCAACGAUAUGAUGUACUGUAUAUUUAUUUUGACUGCAGCACGAUUCUAAUGUUUCGUUUCUAUUCGUUGGAUGUAUUAGGUAAGGUUUAGUCAACAAUGUAGACACGUUGCGUUUUUAAUACCACAUAAUACCACCUGGCAUUAUUGUUAAUUCACACGCGAUUAACUAAAUAAAUAUAUUACAUUCUCAUGUGUAUAAAUAUAGUAUUCGGAUAUCGAACACGUGGGGAUUAGAAUGAAUUUUGUCGUAUUCAAUCUGAAAAAACAUAUUUGUAUAAAUCUGUGAUCAUGUGAAUUAAUCGUUCAGAUAUAAACUUCUUAACACAUAAUGUUAACAAAAAAUAAAACAAAAAAAACUAUGGCAGAACAAAAAUCCAUUCAACUUUUCCGUAAUAAUAUCAAAUGCCAAAUUAAGAAACCUUUCGAUGAAAGUACCUCGUCUAGCAAAACAAAAAAAAAAGGAAACAAAAAUAUUUUAUUGACAUUUUUCCCUAUUACUACUUUUAUUUUAUUUGUAAUAUUUUUAACAUUUGUUUUAUAUCAAUUACAAUUGUACAUUAACUAAUAAUGUUUCGUCAUUUAUAUCUUAAAUGGAUACUUGAGUUUUUUCUAAUUUUAUCAUUAUUCUCUUUUUUAAUAGUUGUCUCUAUUUAUCAAAUUUGAAUUUUUGCACGAAUAUUCAUUCCACAUAUAUUACAUGCUCCGUACUGAAACGCUAUGUUGUUUUACUUUAUUUUUCUUUUUUUUCUUCUAUAGCAAAAUACUUGCCAUUAUUAUGUUAGUUGCCAUAAAAUGAUUUGUUUCACGAUAGAUAAUAGAUAGACUAAAAAGGAAAUACAAUGUGCAACGUAAGCAUCUGGAAAAGUUGAUACCACUACGUAUUCUGUACAUAAUAAUCCACCCACUAUAUAAUUAUAUAUACUUAUAUAUUAUUUAUAUAUACACAUAUACAUAUACACUAUAUUUAUAUAUGUAUAUGUAUAUACAUAACGCAUUGAUUAUAUUAUUAUAGUAAAUAUAUUAUUAGAAAUUAUUAUUUUUUCCCUUAAUGUAUUCAUGAUUCAUAUAUCCUUAGUUUUCACCAUGACAUCUUUAUUGUAUAAUAUCAUACAAAUAUUCAAAGUUCCAUAGUUUUUAUUCAAUCCGGACCCUAACGCACCUAUACUUAUAUAUACUUACUUUUACUACUGUUUUUAUUAUUGUCAUUGUCAUUAGUUGUAGUACUACUGUUGUUCUACUACCCUCUACUAUUACUGCUACUCUUACUACUACUACUCUACAAAAAUUACUGAGAAUAUAACUUAUACUAUCUACAUAUACUAAAAUGCUUCCUGUGCAGAAAAAGAAACAUGGGAUACCGAAUUGGGAAUAAGUUUAUUUACCAUACAGAUAAUGUUUCCAAAAAUUGACAAAGCUAACUAUGAAAUCACCAAUCAUGCUGAUUAUUGUAUAGAAAUUAGGAAUGAUAGCCAAUACAUGUUAAAUUGUAAAUUGCGAUCCAAAUGAGAUGCGUAUAAAAUGUCAUCACUAUUAAAAUGUUAUAUCGGAGACUGCGACAAUGUCGCCUUAUAGUUUUUGACACAUUUUAAAUCACAUAGUGCUGCUUUGGUUAGAAGAGAUAUGUUUCAGAAAAUUUUAGUCUCCACAGGUAGAACAUUUUGUAUGAAUAGUAUCGGUUUUGGAAACAUUGAAGUAUAUUAUUUCUAGAAUUGCAGCAUCAAUCUUUCAACUUCAAAUGAUUUAAUUUAGUUACGUUCUGAAUAAUGUGUCAAUUACUGUACUCAUUCAUCAUAUAAAUUUAAACACGAGCCUCGUGACGUACUGCUGCGUGGCAUUUAUAACUAAUUGCUGAGGUAAUAUCUUAAUCGUUUAAUGAAUAGAAUUAAAAUAAUGUAUAAAAGAGAACCGAAUCGAGACCGUAUGGUUGUAUAAAAACAGGAUUUCUUUUUCCUCAUAUUUACUUGGCUCUCAUGUAUUGCAUGAGUGGAAUGCAAUUUUAUAAAUCAUAAACUAUAGCUGUAAAUUUAGCUCGUGAAUUAAAUUAUUUAAAAGCUCAGGCUAAUUACCAGAGCAUGGCUAUAUUGAUAGUGUGUACUGUAACAUACUGGUUACGGCUUGAAUUGUAAAUAGAUUAUAUUAAUGUAAUCAAUUAUUAUAUCGCUAAUCUGAGCCGUCUUGGGCUACUUGAAGAAUAAAAGUAUUGGUAAAAACUUUUAAA